ACUCAGGGUGUGGAGUUUACCUGUUUGAUCUCCCUGUGGUCACCCGUUGUAGGAACUCUCUGGAGUUUAUCUAAAUUCAAAUAAAAAGAGAAAUAGAAGAGCGCUUUUCACAAACAAGCGGAUGGAAAUCAAGGAACAACACAACCUACGUCAGUUUGUAUCCCCGUGCUGAAUAAACGCUCCAUCCACGCUUUACUUCGUGCUCCGAUUUAAUGCCGAACGCUGGGGACAAAAACAGUUUUCAUGGACAACAAGAAGAGGCACCUAAAAGGCAUCUUCAUUUGCAUUGCAGCAGCAGUGACUUUCAUCCUUUUCAAUCUGAAUCCCAAGAAAGUGUUACUGGAUAGGAACAUUCCUUAUCAAGCAGCAUCAGCAGAGCCACGUUGGGAGGAUCCAGGACCAUAUCAUGUGGCCUACCCACGAAACUACAAAUUCAUCAUGGAUGACACGCCCACAUGCAGGACCACAACUCCUUUCCUUAUUCUGAUGGUUCCUGUUGCACCCGGUAAUGUGGCAACUCGGAAUGCCAUCCGACAGACGUGGGGAAAUGAGAAGCUGGUUCUGGGUCAGCGGGUAGAGACUGUCUUCAUAGUGGGCCUCCCUGGUGGAAGUGAUGCUGAACAUCAGCAAGAGAAGCUACAGCAGGAGAAUCAGCAAUACCAUGACCUGAUUCAGAGCAACUUUCAGGACAGCUACUAUAAUCUGACUAUCAAGACUAUGGUCAUGCUGGAGUGGCUGGCUGCACACUGUACUAAGGCUUCCUUUGUCAUGAAGAUCGACUCCGAUGUGCUACUCAAUGUCCCGAAUCUGGUGAAACUGUUGGUGGAUCCUAGCACAGCUAAACAAAACUAUAUGACUGGGCUGGUUUGGUGGCAUAGUCCCGUUUUAAGGAACCCAUUUAUAAAGUUCUACAUGCCUCGAUCUGUGAUUGCUGAAUCAGAGUACCCCCCGUAUCCGCUCGGCUUUGCCUACGUCAUGUCACUAGACCUUCCUGGGAAGAUCUUGGAAGUGUCACCUCAGAUCAAACCGAUCUACAUUGAAGAUGCUUACCUCGGCAUGUGUCUGAAACGCCUGGGCGUAUCUCCUACUGACCCUCCUGAAGAAACAAUGUUUCUUGUCAAGCCCAGCCAUUCUCUGAGCAGCUGCAGUCUUUCAAAGUUGAUCGCUUCUACUACAACAAGCAUGUUUCAGAUGAAUGGCUACUGGGAGAGGAUCAAACGGGGAGUUCAGUGCUGAACUUAUUCCAAAAAGGUAUUGUUUAUGGUUGUAGGAUUUUGGAUCAUGGGAGUGGGAACCUCAAUCUGGCCAGUGGUGAAAACAAAAAUGAAAUAUUGCAUAUUUAUUAUGUGGCAAAAUGGAGACACCUUUGUUACAUCUGGUCAAAUCUGAUCAUUAGGCCAAGUUAAUAUAUAUACUUUUUCCUUUGAAAAAGUUCAACAUAUUUAAUUGAAGCAUGGGUUGUGAGAGGCUUUUUUGCAGGGGUUAGUAUUAAGAGUAUAUUUAUAUAUUUACAUCUUAGAUCUCUGUGGUGAUAUUGAAUUUGCAAAUGAUAAGAUGAUACUGUAAUCCACUUUUUAUUGAAGUCAGCCAGGCCUCCUUUGUCCUCAGCUCAAGUGUGAGAUGUUUGUUACUUUUAUAUCCUCUUGUAUUUAAGUUUUCCAGCUCUUUUGUAUUUCUGUACUUUUUACUCUCCGGCCUGUGUUUGUCUUUUAUA